UUGAACCCAACCGACUAGGAGAGGCCGUGUGGUGCGCCGGUCUCCCUCCGUCGCGCACCAACCCGAAACCCCACCAAACCCUCGCACCCGCCGCCGACCACCGAUGGCGCCGCUGAUCGACGACGUCACCGCCGAGAUCCUCCUCCGCCUGCCGCCGGACGAGCCCGAGCACCUCUUCCGCGCCGCGCUCGUCUGCAAGCCCUGGCUCCGCGUUCUCCGCGACCCCGGCUUCCGCCGCCGGUACCGCACCUUCCACGGCACCCCUCCGCUUCUGGGCCUCCUCCACAGGCUCCAGGUCAUCCAAGGAGACCCCGCGCCCCGGCUCGCCCCCACCACAUCGGCGCCCCUCUCUCCCUACCCCGACUGCGACCGCUCGCGGGCGCUUGACUGCCGGCAUGGCCGCGGCCUUCUCCACGUGUGGGUCAGGGGCAGGGGUUGGCAUUUCACCGUCUGGGACCCCGUCACCGGCGACCAGCAGAGCCUCCCGGAGCCCGGCAUCCCGUGGCUGAUCUACACCGCCGCCGUGCUCUGCCCUGUGGCCGGCUGCGGCCACCUUGACUGCCACGGCGGCCCCUUCCGGGUUGUCUUUGUGGCCACCGACGACUACGACGAGCUAGUCAAGGCGGCAGUGUACUCAUCAGGGACAGCUGCGUGGAGCACGCCAGUGACACUCGACGACGGCUGUGAAUCCUAUGUUCGGCACAGGCGAGAUGUUCUUGCUGCUGAUGGAUCAUUCUACUAUAUCCCCUAUGUCGAGCCUAGGCGGGGUGUCGUUAUUGGAGAUGAAACCUACUUCACGCUUCGUGAGGGUAACGCAAUCAUCAAAUAUGACUGGGCCAAGAAUUGCAUAUCCAUGGUUGAUCCACCGGACCCGAAUGUGUACGACGACGUUGCCCUCAUGGCGAUGGAGGACGGUUCACUGGGGUUUCCCUGCCUUGAGAAUUCCAGCCUUUGUCUGUUCUCAAGGAAGGUGAAUGCAGAAGGAGAUGCAGAAUAGAUGCGCUGCAGGGCCAUCAAGCUGGAGAAAGUUAUACCUGUAGCCAAUCCUGAUGAGGAACCAGUCGUUGUGGGAUGUGCAGAGGGUGUGGGUGUCAUAUUCGUGAGCACAGAUGUUGGCUUGUUCACAAUCAAGCUAAAUUCUGGGCUGGUUAAGAAGGUCGCGGAGUCUGGGAAGUACUUCAGCGUCUUACCCUACAUGGGCUUCUACACUCCAGACCGUGGUAGAUUUUCAUCGCUAGCGAGGCUCACUGAUGUCUGAUGUGCUGCUCAAAAGCAAGAAUGCAUGACUUCACGAAAUGUAUGAAGCCGCCAUCAUAAAUCAACUGCUGUUGGCUUCUUGCAGAGCUACUCCUAUCAAAAUCUUUUAUUUUCUGUUGAGUAGUUGAAGCACGACUGGUGCAAGUCAUCAUGAUCAACUGUGGAUGCAAAUCUUGUCUUAUCUGGGCCAUUCGAUCGGUCCAAAAUUCAUCUAAAAUGGACUAAUUCA